UAGACAAGCAAGCAAUUUUAAGUCCUCACCUUGGCCUCUGGGAAAUUGUGGUUGACAUGUUCCAGCAAAACUAUUACCAAACUAUUUAUCAGUCAGUUUAUGAAAUACUUUAUAACAAAAUAAACCUUUUUAAAAACCUUUAGUUGCUGCCAUAAAAAAGUGAAAGAUACGACAAGUGAGUCAAACAUACUUGAAAAUGCGGCCAAUAAAACAUUGAUGUACUUCAAUUUCUGUUCACAUAUCUGCCAACAAUAUAUUUGCCAAAACUUGGAUAGGCCAAUAUCAUCAGCUCACACUCACGCUGGAGUAAACUCACCCACUCAUUUGCAGUACAGCUGAUAAAUAUGAUGCUUAUUGACAGCCAAUAGCACACGCACCACACACAUACAGAAGCAUGUGUGGGCAAUUGGGAAUGCUAUUAAUACACAUUAAAAGCACGCACACACACAAGCCACACACUCAUAAAAACAAGUGGUGUGAUGCUAAUAAUAUAUUGAGAAACAGCAAUUCAACUCAGUGUCCCAAAGCACAUGUGCUUUUGCAUGUUUACUGACAAAAACACAAGUGGCUACUGACAGGUGACACUAAAAAUAAACCAUCAUGGUUACAUGUAGUGAAACUUGCACAAAGAGCCACAGUGCUCCUUCAAAAAGAAACAAAUGGGCGCUAAUAAUACAUCGGUACCAACACACGCCAGCGCGGGUACAAGUGUACAUGCACCCUCAACUGUCGCACGAGCAGAUCCUACUUAUGCAAACACAAAGACCUGCUGUGUACACUCAAAAGAAACAACUGCAAGCUAUUAAUAUCUCGGCACGUAUAGGACGGACACGCACAAGGACACACUCGUAUGGAUGCGCACACAUACGGAGAUUGAUACUCCAGCUGCUCGGAAGCAGAGGGACAGAAUGUCCCUAACAGCUGUGGAUUCCACUAAAUGUAAGGACGGGGGAGGAACGGAGACAACGAUGGAGAGAUGGAGAAGGUGGCCAGCUCGGUGGAGUAGCUGUCAUUAAAUUGAUAUUGUGUGUGUGUGUGUGUGUGUGUGUGUGCGUGUGACUGGGUUUGGUAAUACAUAACUCAGUGUCAGCCUGGUGAACAUACAUUUAUUUACACUCAGUGUGCAUGGUUACUAGAAACAGCAUUAAUAGUCAUUUGUAGUUAAUUUGUUUGUAGUUCGCGUGACAUUUUGUCUCUGAACUCGUGCUCUUUCUGCUUUGCUGCAAAUCUAACCAGCCAUAAACCUCAAGUCUGCUUCCAGUGUUUAUGUAUACAAAUAGUAGGUAGCACUUAACCUGAUGUGUGACUUCCAUACGUAACUCCAUUCAACAGCACCGUGGAAUUCACUCCAACAAUAAACAAAGCACAUUUUAGGGCCACAGUGUGUGUGUGUAUAAAUACUGCUAAAGGACAUCUGCAACUCUCAAGCUGCAAAAGUGAACCAGUGAAGCCAGUCAACUAAAAUAGCAACUUCUGCUCGUGUAAAUGAACCAAGAGGAUGUUAUGGUGCAGACUAACUUUAGAAACAGGAAGUCGCUGUUUUUGUGUGAGUGUGUCUGUGUGUGUGUGUGUUUGCGCAGGUGUGUGUGCAUGCGUGUGUGUGUCAGUGAUUCAGUGUUUUGCUGCAGAAGGCACACAGAAAGAGGAUGAUGGUUGUGAAACGAAAAUAUGCUAUUACAGAAACCAGAAGUUUCUUUCCUGCUUAUUUUUAGCACCGCAACGCUCAAAUGUGAGAGACAGAAGUACACACGCACACAGAUCUUAUCUCGAUACAGUUCUCCUUAUUUUUAAAAGCGUUCAAGGUUUUAUCUUAUAAAUAGCAUUUCUUUUCAGUUUUAAAAUAUGUAUCUUGCCUUUUUAUGAGCACGAUCGAUGAAUAGCAGACCAUGGAAAGCAAUGUUGGCUAAAAAUACCUCUACCAUUACACUACUUCUUUAUAACGUGAUGUUGAAACAACUGCAAACUGUAAAUGUCCUCUUCAAGUGCAGUCCUGGUAGGACGAGAGGAAGCAAUCAGCAACUUUUUAAACCCUUCAGGGGCAUUGUGGAACAUGUGUCUCAGGGAAGACACUUUGUGUAUAAAGUUAAUAUAAUUUAGAUACGUAUGGUUGCUGCAGCCUGGUCUUUACUUCUUUAGGUAAAGAUAUACCACAGGUGCUUCUUUUUUGUUUAGCUGAGAAGUAACACUGACUUCCUGAUCAUUUCCUUUCUGUCGAGGGAGCUGACUUGUUUGGUAAUUGUGUGUGUGUGUGUGUGUGUGUGUGUGUGUGUGUGAGAGAGAGGGUGUAUAUCAUUUGAGUCCCCACCACCACUAACACCACAGACCCGCUGCUCCAGUGAUUGAUUUCCUUUGAAAACAUUCUUCUGGUAAUACAUACUGUUCUGCUACAACGGGGUAUUUCCUGUCACAUUGGUUAACAAUUUUUAAUUGUUAUAUUUCAGAGAUUACGUUGUCUGACAUCGCAAGGCUUCCUUGAGUUACCUGCUGAGGUAGGAUUCCAGUGGCACAAGAAUUGUGCCAAUUGCAGGCCUCAUUUUUUUACAGGAGGCUUAUCUGUGUUUCCCUGUCUCUAUUAUGAGCUGUACAAAUAAUCAUGCAAACUUUGAAUUUUCACAGAAACUAUAUCUCUGCUUUUCUCUUGUACACACAUACUAGAAUGCAUGGAAACAUAGCUGUCCUCACAAACAAAUAGUGUUGUUAUUAUGAAUUCUGUAUUUCGUUAUCAAGCAGGACAACAGAACUGAAACUACUUGGCUUAAACUGUAUGAUAUUAUCUCGUACUAUAAAUAGUUCUGGUCGUAUUAACUCCCCAUAUGUUUUUUGUCAUGUUCCACUGUGUGCAAGUCUCACUUGACCUAAGAAAUAAGAGCGUGGGAGUGUUUUCCUCUUAAGAGGAAUUCUGUCAACCCCGUAACGCCUUCAUGGACAUGAUUAUUCCUCUCUCUAAUAACACUGCCUGGGUCUGUAAAACGUACUGUGAGGCUCCUGCAGGAGGGAACUUCAGUAGGACUUGUGUGCCACAUAUAUGGAGCUUUGUUUUGAGCUCUUUUUCAGCUGCUGAACAUUUCUGAUGAUGUAUUUUCUGUAGUACAGUUCCAUGUCCUUCCCUCCCUCCCACUGUCUCUCUACCCCAGAGGGAGGAAAGGUGUCUCUUUCCAUACUGUGUCUGUCUAAGGCACCGAAACAUUCAUCACCAUGUUUAAUGGUUUCAGGUUUCAGUCGCAUCGACACGUGAAAAUAAUAUCAAGUUAUCUGUGAGCUUGCGUAUGUUGUCGUCUCGUUGUUAUGGUGCAUCACAAAACCCGAGAAAAACUUAGGAUGAUGUUUCCUCACUACCAGUUAUCAUUAACGUUCCUGUUAUGUUCUAUAGAUCACACCAUCAGGCCCGUCUUGUGCCAUGGAUGCUACAGUUAAACCAUUUGAGUUGAAAUUGGAUGUGAUCACCAGCAAUCAGGUUUCAUUAGCCAUACAUGGGGAGCAGCCCAUGGACCUAAGUGUGACCCAGAGGUUGUUACAUCCAGGCCUAGAUUCGGCCAUGCUGGCCCCCCGCCCUCCCUUCUUCCUCGGACCCCUGACCUCUCAGCAUUGCUCUCAGUUUUCCCAGCAGCACUUGCAGUACAACAUUGAACAAAGGCAAAGAGAGAUGGAGCAGGAGAAAAGAGAAGAGCUACAUCAGCUCAUACGAAAGAGUAAAAAUGAGCAGAGUGCCGUAGCCAGUCCUCUGGUAAGGCAGAAACUUCGGGAACACAUAAUUAUGAAGAGCCAGCCUGCCCAUGACAGGGUCACUCCCAACCACAGCAGUCCCACACCAGGAUACAGGCUCCCGGUUCCUGACUUGUCCGCAACGUCUCAGCCUACAGCGUGUGACCAGCGCAAAGACCUUGCUCUGCGCAGGACAGUCUCUGAGCCCACUCUGAAGUGGAAGUUAAAGAAGCUCAUCAGUACCAGGCCAAACCCGCUGCAGCGUAAGAUCAGCGCCCCUCCCUCAGUCAAGCACAGGACAGAAACUCAGGACUCCUCCCCGAGCAGCAGCAGCACCCCAGCAUCAGAGUGCAGCUCACCCAACGACAGCCUCCAUUCGGAUAAUGGGCACCUGCCAGUGGCACAUGAGGCACAGAGGUUGCUGGCUCAUUUCAACUCACCUCCCAACCGCACUGCAAUGCCCAACAUCACUGCUGGACUUCCUGCUCAGGCUGACCUCCGAGUAGCCAGGCCGUUAGCAGUAUCUGCUCUGCAUCAGGUCUACCUGCCUCUGGAUGGAAGCAGUCAAGCCCUGACUCAGCGCCUGCAGCCUGUGCUCAUACUGGAACCACACACCGGACUGGUGCCUUCCCAGCUUGUCUCUCUUCAUGGUUUGAGCUCCAUUCCUCUGCAGCAGCAGCAGCUUCACCUGUCCUCCUCCACCAGAAGGGAAGGCGUGGUUACCUUGCACUCCCACAGACCUCUGGAGCGAACACGCUCAGAGCCUCCACCCUACAGCCACUCACCCCUUACUCUGUAUGCCAGCGGUCACUCACACAUCCAGCACCAGCUGACCCAGCAAUACCACAAGAGCGGGCUGGAGAGGUUCAAGCACAAUGCACAACUGUGCAAGAUCCCAUUGGAGGACAUGGACCUGGAGGAGAAUGGAUCAGAAUCAGGGUCAGGGCCUGGGUCCGUGUGCGAUUCAGAACCAGGCUCUAUGUGUGAGGAUGGCUACCGCAGGAGACAGAGCACUGCCAGCACAGACUCAGUUUAUGGCACAGAAUCCACUACCUCCUCACGGGACAGCUUGAUCGAGGCCUCACAUUCACUUAGUCAGAGGCAGGUGAACCUUCGAUCAGGUCUCCAGCUGGACCCCCUUGCUGUGCCUGCCCUAAUUUGGCCUCAUCAGCCUCUGUUUCGGACCCAGUCUUCCCCAGCCUCCACUUCCCUGCCUCCUCCUCCACAUCCACCCACAACCAUACCUUCCCUGUCACUGUCCAGCACCGCAGCAGAUGUCCAGCUACGCUUCACCACAGGACUGGUUUAUGAUGCUCAGAUGCAGAAGCACCAGUGUACCUGUGGGGACAACAGCCGCCACCCUGAGCAUGCUGGGAGGGUCCAGAGCAUCUGGUCCAGACUGCAUGAAAGAGGUCUCAGGAGCCAGUGUGAGCGUAUCCGCAGCAGGAAGGCCACUCUAGAAGAGCUGCAGUCAGUCCAUUCAGAGAAACAUGUGCUUCUGUUCGGAACAAACCCACUCAACCGCCUCAAGCUGGACAACCGCAAGCUGGCUGGAAUCUUAUCUCAACGGAUUUUUGUGAUGUUACCAUGUGGAGGAGUUGGGGUAGACAUUGAUACCAUCUGGAAUGAACUUCACACGUCAGUAGCUUCCCGUAUUGCUGCAGGAUGCGUCACAGACCUGGCACUGAAGGUGGCACAAGGAGAGCUGAAGAAUGGCUUUGCAGUGGUGAGGCCUCCUGGACACCAUGCAAACCACUCCUCCCCUCUGGGCUUCUGCUUCUUCAACUCUGUGGCCAUCGCUGCCAAGCAGCUUCAACACAAACACAACGUCAGCAAGAUCCUCAUCGUGGACUGGGAUGUUCACCAUGGAAACGGCACCCAGGGAGCCUUCUACAAUGACCCGAGCGUGUUGUACAUCUCUCUGCAUCGCUACGAUGACGGCAACUUCUUUCCUGGUAGUGGACAUCCCAGUGAGGUGGGUGCAGGUGCAGGCGAGGGCUUCAAUGUUAACGUAGGAUGGACAGGUGGUUUGAACCCUCCCAUGGGUGACGCAGAGUACCUGGCUGCAUUCAGAGCCGUGGUGAUGCCCAUUGCCCACGAGUUUUCCCCUGAUGUGGUGCUCGUGUCCGCUGGCUUUGAUGCUGUCGAGGGACAUUUGUCGUCACUGGGAGGCUACAAGGUCACAGCCAAGUGUUUUGGUUUCCUGACCCGUCAGCUGAUGUCACUGGCAGGGGGUCGGGUGGUAAUGGCUCUGGAGGGGGGACAUGACCUCAAGGCCAUCUGUGAUGCCUCUGAAGCCUGCGUAAGCGCCUUGCUGGGCAUGGAGGUGGAGCCCCUGUCCCAGUCCGUGUUGGACCAGAAGCCUUGUGAAAAUGCUGUCCAGUCAUUGCAGAAAGUCGUCCAGGUCCAAGGUGAGUACUGGCAAAGUGUGAAAGAUUCCACAGUGGAUCUCUCCUACCUGCAGGCGCAGAGACGGCGGCUGAGACGAGACUCGGACAGCGAGGCCGUCAGCGCCAUCGCCUCGCUGUCGAUGUGAGCUUUUGCCUCUGACAAGAAACAGCCAGAAAAACUGACGGAGAAAAGAGUGAGAGUCUCCUGACAGCUGCCUUUAACCAAGUCUCGAUGGAAACAAGCACACACACACACACACACACACACACAGCUAUGCUUUUGGACCAUCACUGGAAGCAGAUGUCCUCCUCAGUUCAACCAAUGUAUUCAUCGCCUCAUAAAAACUCCUAAGAACUGCAAACCUACUGGCUGCAGUCUGACCACUCUGAUUCAAACACACACUGAGAACAACAUUCACCUGGGCAAAAUUUACACCCUCGUGACGCCUCUACGGGCUUUUCCUGAAGAGGACAUCUGUCACUGAAGUGAGAAAUAGAUGAAAAGAAAGACAACUAGAGGCAGAUUAUUGAAGCAUCUCCAUUCCCCCGUAGCAAUGGGAGCUGAUAACAUGGCGUAGUUGGAACACACACUUGACAAAGCACAGCUCUGUGACUUUAAACAUUCAUCUUGUAAAUGACUUCCACAACACCUGCGAGAGACCACGCAGACUGUUGUCACCUUGAAGGCAGGGUCAAAGGUCUCCUGGCAUUACGGAGCCAAUCACUCAAGAGCGGAAGGAGUCGUCCCUACAGGACGCGCCGAGAUAUCAACCGCGUCCCACUAUGAUGAUGUCAUUUGUCUGAACGUGACAAAGAUCCAAUGAAGGAACAGAUGAGGGGCUUCUGAUCGUUUUGCACUGCACCGCUCUGUAAUGUGAACUGGACGAGAUAGAGGAGACGCAGCCACAUCGGCCAUGUUGACAAUCAAACAUCCUGUUUGUUCAUGUUUUUAGAUUAUUUGAAUAUUCAUUCAUUUUUGCGAAUGUCAGACGAUUUUUUUUUGUUGUUGUUUAAGAAUCCAGUAAGAGUGAAGCUACAGUGAAGUCUGAGAUGCAUAUGUUUCAUAUCUUUUUGUAAGUCCACAUAUUGUCUUAGAUAGUCUUAUUCUGUUCUUGCAGCAAGACUCUAGUUACAGUAUGGGCUCCCCUGCAGAUAAAAGAAGACGCUGCCGUCUUUUAUGAAGUGCAUCUUAGAAGUGUAGACAUACUGUAGUUUUUAUCGGUGGCAAUAGUCACAAUGAAGAGCUAAUAACUCUCGUCAUUGGAGUAUCAACAUCAGGGGAGAAAGACAUUAUUUACACAUCAGCAAAGACACAAAUCACCCAUGAUGCCUCAGUGCCUCGUGACCACUCAGAAAUGAUUGUAUAUGUGACAAUGCAAAUCACACUUUGGAUGAGACCCAAUCCAAACCCUUAAUGACAGCCCCACACUCAAAGUGCACUUAUAUUGCCCUCAGGAUGGCAGGAUCAGAAUGACUUGGGUCUUAAAAUCUGAACUUUGAUAAUGUUUGUUAAGUAGACCAGUGUUUCUACCUGUGGAUUUACAUUCCUGCUGUACUUGUAAUUUCUUUGAAACUUGUAUUUCUUUCAUGAUGAGGACAAACCGAUGUGUCCUUCGUCCGUCGCUGACGUAGCAACGUUCUGUUUACUGUCGGCGACGGGGAUGUUUUGCUCUCCGGACCAAACGACAACAUUUUAGCAGUAGGACGGAGCAAUAAUACUGAGAUAGUUGAAUAUCCACACAGUGCAAUUGGACACAGGUUAAGCGCAACCAAAGUUUAUGAGAACAAUGUGCCAUUCCUGGACUGGCAUGGCUUAAAGAACUUCAAAGACUUUCAAGAGUUUGUGAAUGUUUCUUUUUUUUCUAUCCAAACUUUGAACAGCACCAGAAGCACAGGACGGAUAUAUAAACAAAUUCAUUUCUCCAAAGAAAAAUGAUUUAUACAUUCAUAUUCUGUGUCUUUGAAGUGCUCUUUGCAUGUCUAACACAAUUAUGACGGUGCUAUGGAUUAUACUUUUUUAAGUGCAGUACAUUUGCUUUUUUCUUUCUUUCUUUCUUUCUUUAUGUUGCAUUGUGUACGCAACACGAAACCUGUCAAAUAUUUGUAGUGAAAAUGUGAAAACAAAUGACGGUGAGUCUCAGCUCCAUAUCAUGUAGGACAGUCUGAGUGCAGCUUUGCGUCGUCUUAUGAGAACAUUCGGGACAGUGACCUGACAUAUCGAAUGUCUUAUCUUUUGUCUUAAUUCAUGCAAAUGACUUAUUUUUGUAUUUGAUCUAAAAAAAAAUUAACCCUGUGCGUACGUAGAGACCAAAUUGUCAGCCUGUGUGCCUUAAAGUGGGCAACUGUGGCUAAGUGGAGAGCAGGGCCGUCCUUCAAUCAGACGAUCGGCGGUUCGAUCCCCGGCUCCGCU